AACUGGAGAGGGAGAAGUUGUGCCAAAGGGACCGUGGUGGUUGGUGCCGCUGCUGCCGCCGCCCGCGAAACAGCUCAGGUAGACGAGCUUCAGGAGCGCGCUGCAAACUCGCCGCGGCUCAGAGGCUCUGCAGGAACAGUGGUCCGCACGCUUGGGAGUCGGACGGCGCCCGGCGCCGCUACCAAGGCACCCGAUCGGCUCAGGGUGCCUGCCCCGGGCCAGCCUGGAGCGCUUCAGGCCGCCACCUCGCCAGCGGCUCCCGGGAUCCUCAGCCAUCUUGACACCGCGCUGCUGGGGGAAAGUUGAGGGAAGCCGGCCAGAAGCAGCGGCGGCAGCGCCGGACCCCACGCCUCCCGACAGCGCCGAGAAGGAAGAGAUGAGCGCGGGACGGCUGGACGCGGACUGAGCCGAACGAGAGAGCCGGGAAGAUUCGGAGCUGAGGAGCCGCCGCCGCUUCCCCGGUCUCCUUCCCGGGCCAGAGCCAGGACUUGCUUCGAGGGAGGGAGGCAGGCAGCGGUCUGGAGGCGAACGGGGGCUCUGGAGCGUGGAGAGGUGGCGGCAGCGGCAGCAGCGCACUCCGGCACGGAGCUCGUCUUAGCAGCGGGGGUGCCCGGAGGAGGAGGACCAACGUGGCUGGCUGCUUCCCUGCCGGAGGAGUCUGCCGGGACGCGCCGCCGCCAGGGCUGCUGCCGCUGCUGCUCCUCCUCUUCCCCCCCGCCGAGCAUGGAGCGGAGUUACCUGUUGGCCAUGGCUUUCCUCCCGCUCUUGCUGCCCGCUUGGUCCCCGCCGCAGCGCUCUAGCUACGCCGCCUCGGCCGCUUCUGCUGUAGCCGCCGCUGCCGCCGCUUCGUCGUCCUCGUCGUCGUCGUCCUCCUCGUCUUCUUCAGCAGCCUCUGCCUCCGCCGCCUCCUCGGCCAAGGAGCUAUCGUGCCAGGAGAUCACGGUGCCGCUGUGCAAAGGCAUCGGCUACAACUACACCUACAUGCCCAACCAGUUCAACCACGACACGCAGGACGAAGCGGGGCUGGAGGUGCACCAGUUCUGGCCCUUGGUGGAGAUCCAGUGCUCGGCCGACCUGCGCUUCUUCCUGUGCAGCAUGUACACGCCCAUCUGCCUGGAGGACUACAAGAAGCCGCUGCCGCCCUGCCGCAGCGUGUGCGAGCGGGCCAAGGCCGGCUGCGCGCCGCUCAUGCGCCAGUACGGCUUCGCCUGGCCCGACCGCAUGCGCUGCGACCGCUUGCCCGAGCAGGGCAACCCGGACACGCUCUGCAUGGACUACAACCGCACCGAUCUCACCACCGCCGCGCCGCCGCCGCCGCAGCCCAAGCCCCCGCACCGCAAGCCUGGGGGAGCCGGAGCGGCCAGGAUCCCCGGCGCCGCAGUGCCACCUCCGGUCGCCGAGCCACCUCUGCGCAAGGCCCACCCACCGGCGCCCUGCGAGCCGGGCUGCCAGUGCCGGGCGCCCAUGGUGUCCGUGUCCAGCGAGCGCCACCCGCUCUACAACCGGGUCAAGACGGGCCAGAUCGCCAACUGCGCCCUGCCCUGCCACAACCCUUAUUUCAGCCCGGACGAGCGCGCCUUCACCGCCUUCUGGAUCGGCUUGUGGUCCAUCCUCUGCUUCAUCUCCACCUUCGCCACCGUCUCCACUUUCCUCAUCGACAUGGAGCGCUUCAAGUACCCGGAGCGGCCCAUCAUCUUCCUGGCUGCCUGCUACCUCUUCGUCUCGCUGGGCUACCUGGUGCGCCUGGUGGCGGGACACGAGAAAGUGGCUUGCAGCGGUGGCGCAGCCGCGGCGGCGGGAGCAGGGCCGGCGGGCACCGCUGGGGGCGCUGCAGGGGCAGCGGUGGCGGCCGCGGCUGUCGGAGGGCGCGGGGCGGCCGGGAGCGCGGCCGAGCUGCAGCCCGAGCUGGCCGUGGCUGAGCACGUGCGCUACGAGAGCACCGGCCCUGCCUUGUGCACGGUGGUCUUCCUGCUGGUGUACUUCUUCGGCAUGGCCGGCUCCAUCUGGUGGGUCAUCCUCUCCCUCACCUGGUUCCUGGCUGCCGGCAUGAAGUGGGGCAACGAGGCCAUCGCGGGCUAUGCGCAGUACUUCCACCUGGCGGCCUGGCUGCUGCCCAGCGUCAAAUCCAUCGCCGUGCUGGCCCUCAGCUCGGUGGACGGGGACCCCGUGGCUGGCAUCUGCUAUGUGGGCAACCAGAGCCUGGAGAACCUGCGGGGCUUCGUGCUGGCCCCCUUGCUCAUCUACCUGGCCAUCGGCUCCAUGUUCCUGCUGGCCGGCUUUGUGUCCCUCUUCCGCAUCCGGAGCGUCAUCAAGCAGCAAGGGGGCCCCACCAAGACGCACAAGCUGGAGAAGCUCAUGAUCCGCCUGGGCCUCUUCACGGUGCUCUACACGGUGCCCGCGGCCAGCGUGGUGGCUUGCCUCUUCUACGAGCAGCACAACCGCCCCCGCUGGGAGGCCACGCACAACUGCCCCUGCCUGCGGGACCAGCAGCCCGACCAGGCCCGCCGCCCGGACUACGCGGUCUUCAUGCUCAAGUACUUCAUGUGCCUGGUGGUGGGCAUCACCUCCGGCGUGUGGGUCUGGUCCGGGAAGACGCUGGAGUCCUGGAAGGCACUUUGCACCCGUUGCUGCUGGGCCAGCAAGGGGACGGCGGCCGCCGCGGCUGGCAGCAUCGGGGCGGGAGGCGGAGGCGGAGGGGGCCUGGUGACUGCUGCCGCGGUGGGAGGCCUGGGCGGCGGAGGGGGCUCCAUGUACAGUGAUGUCAGCACCGGCCUAACGUGGAGAUCGGGCACCGCCAGCUCCGUUUCAUACCCGAAACAGAUGCCCCUGUCCCAAGUGUGAAGGCGGGGGGAGGGAGAUGGGGGUGCAGCUAACUCUACCGCCCCCUCCCUUUCCCUGAUGGACUUCCUCAUGGCCUCCCCACUCGCAGGACAAUGGGGAGGACCACAAGUGCCAACUCCCGCCGCCCCUUUCCCGCUCCUUGCCGUAGGUAGGAGGGAACCGCAAACUCCAAGGCACCAGCUUUUCUUGUUGAUCGGAGGAGUGGAAGUGUGACAAGGCCAGGCCUGUAGAAGUGGCUCCUUGGACUGGCACAAGAGACCCUUCGUGGUAUGGGGCUCUUAGACUUGCUCUCUCUUCUUCCUUCCCUCCAACUGGGAGGCAACAUCAAAAAUAGCUGCCUGAUAGGACUGCAGGGUUUGGGACUCAAGACUCUAUAAAAAAAAACACCAACAAAAACUGGCAGAUGCCUUAAACACAUUCAAACCAUGUCUUAAUUAUACACCCCAAAUAAAUACGGGUUUCUUAUGUUAAAGGAUGUAUUUAUAUAAUUAUUUGGUACCUUGUACAAAAUGUGUAAGAUAUGUAUAUACUCCAAAUGCUAUACAGUCUGUACAUUUUUUUUGUAUAAAAAAAAUUUAGAGGCUUACCACCACCGCUCUCUUCCAAGAGCAAAUAUUUGAGUAUUCUAUUUUGUCAAUAAAAUAACAAGAAGUGA